UUUGAUAAACACUAGACUUUGGAGGAAUCCACUCCAACUCGAAAGUUGUACAAGAGCAACUUCUGGCAGCCAUGCAACUAUAUCACAUAUGUUUAUGUCGCAUAAACAAAAAACUUUCGGGGGGCCUACUCCUGCGACAGCUGUGUCCAACCUCAUGGCUGAUUUGGAGAGGACAAAGGCUGAAAAUGCUAAAUUGUUUCAACUGCUACAGAGGACAUCACAACAACAAAAGACGCGUAUAAACGAUAUUACGCGGACAAACACCACCUUGACGAACGUUAACAAACCGACAAAUAAGACAAAGAACACAGUUGAGAAUAUACGAACUGCAACUAACGCAACUAACGGUAAGACAAAGAAACACAUGAUAUUAACGGAAGAUGUGGACGACAUACGGUCAUUUAAUAAUGAGACAAUGACACCUGACAGUAGACACGAGACGAUGACGGAUAAAAGAACAAGUAGCCGAGCCGAUAUACCUAAAGCCUCAACAUCCAACCUUACUACGGAAGAGUUCCAAAGAAAAGUUCUCCAGUCAUUGACUGAUCUCGGAAAAAGAUUAUCUGUCUGCGAGCGUAUGACUACGGAAAACAAUACAAUGUUGCAGAGUCUUACGGCGAAAAAGAAAGUUGGCAAAAUAAAUCCUCCAAGCUGGUUGCCUUUUAAAAGUGUCCAGGAUCUGAUUUCCUUCGAAAAUGUGGAUGACGACACGUACAAUCAAACUGUCGAUUAUCUAGCGUAUUUGGGUGGCCACAACGUCGACGAUUGUAUUUCAAUAUACCUUAAGAACAGUUUUGCAUUGACGGAGAAUUUGCUGAAAAAAUUUUCUUGGCUUGGCCAACGAACUAAAAAUAUUACAAAUCUCUCUGAAUUACGCUUUAUAACAACUUGCCAAGAAGCGGUGUCCUUACACCAUAAGUUUAAAAAGCCUAACAGCACGGAGUUUUCGGACGCCGUGACCAAAGCUCUGAAGGCUCUUAAAGAGAACUUGCGGCGCCAAAUUGCAGCAAAAGCUGCUGAAAAGCAGCCACCUCGACGAUCAAGGUCUCGAUCGCCGAAUGGAAGCGAGGAUAGCUCUGAAACAAGCACUUUAAGGAGGAAGGUGAAGAGGCUUAAAAAAAAGCAACCACUUCGACAGUCCAGAUCCAGGUCUCGAUCGCCGAAUGGAAGCGAAGAUCGCUUUGAAACAAACGCUUCGAGGAGAAAGAACGUGGUGGAGUUUAAAAAAAAUAACCACCUCGGCAGACCAGACCCAGGUCUUGCUCUCCGGAUGGGAGCAAGGAACGCUUUGAAGCAAGUACUCCGAAGAGCAGCAGGGGGAUGGAGCAGGUGCAGAACGAACAAAUCCUGUAGUCACACAGCAGUACCUUAGUACUACCACAUAAUAAUAACGUGAUAACCACCAUUGCCGAUAUUCGUAAUGUCGAGAAUGCCGAGGAUUUCCCAUUCCCCCUGAAUAUAGAAAAUAUCAACAAUUGUGCAGAGAAUGACUUCGAGAGAGUUGCUGAAUUUUAGUAUGAGGCGCAAGAUAUGGAAGAAAGAGGAGAAAAUGAAGAAUAUUAUGCUGCAGAAGAAGAUGAUGAAGGGAAAAAUGAAUAAAAUAAAGAAGAAAGCGAAGAUAGCGACGAAGUGAUGCAAAUUGAGUGCCUUAUAGACGACCCCGUUGUUCGUUCAUACAUUCUUUCGCAGUCUAUGAUGAACAAAAAAUUA